AUGGCCUUAAUAUCCUCGAUUGGCACCGCAAGAAGGGCCCAGGCCAAGAAGAAGCAGCAGCAUCAGCAUCAGCAGCAGCAUCAGCAGCAGCGGCAGAAGCAGCGGCAGAAGCAGAGGACCACCAUCACCACCAUCAACACCACCAUCACCAUCACCACCACCAUCACUACCACCUCACCCUCCAUCUCCAUCUCCACCUCCACCUCCACCGCUAUCCUGAUCCUCCUCCUCCUUUCCCUCCUCUCCCUCCUCGACCACCACCACCUCUUCCACCUCUUCCUCCUCCUCCUACUCCCUCUCCUCCCCUGCCUCAGCAGCCUGAGCAGCCACGGCAGCCACGGCGGUCCGGAAUUCCGCGCCCCAGUCUUCUUCACUUUCGCCUUCUUCAAUCUCGACUUCUUCAAUCGCGACUUCAAUCGCGACUUCUCCAAUCUCGUCCCGUUCAAUCUUAUCCUUCCCGGUCUCUUCUUCUUCGGUCUUGUCUACUUUGAUCUUCUCAAGUCUUGUCCAGCCUCGUCUUGA